AAAGUCCAGGUCAUAAGGUCAUAAAAUAUACAUUAAUAAAUAGUAUUUUCAUAAGCAACAAUUAUAACUUCAACAACAAAAGAAAAAUAGUAUACAAAAAAGUUUAUUUGGCGUUGUUACUAAUUUGAAUGUACCUAGUUCACGAAAAUCCAUUACGUACGUGAAUAAAAUCCAAGUGGGCCGUGCAGGGAUGUGGUUUAUUUAGUUAUAGUUGUCAGUUAGAAAUUAACCUAACUUUUUAGAAAACAACCAAUGUCAAAGACAACGCCAAAACUAUUAGCAAGGAAUAAAUUAAUUUGUAAAAUUAACGGUGUAAUAAAUCUAAUUAUGGACAUAGAUCCAGUGGAUUUUUUCCCUGGAUAUAAUCCUUGUGCGUGUCUUGGAAGAUGCAGAUGUGUUCCAGAAACUCGAUCGUCUUUUUGGACAUAUUGCUUUGCUAUUCUUGUAUCAAUAGCCAUUUGUGGAUCUGGUGUGUAUUAUUAUGAGGAGUUUGUUAAAAGCCUGCUUGAAAAAUGGAUUAAUUCCACCAAUGAAGAAAAUUGUAUAAAACCCGAACAGUUACUAGCUAUCAAACAAGAUCUUCAAAAUUUAAAAGAUAAGCUUGAUGCAUCGGAAAUGUGGCGAAAGCAGCUUGAUAGCUUCCAAUCCAGCUCUUGUCCUCAUCUAGAAGUCAACAUUGAACACAUAGUACAAGAAGCAUUGGACAUAUAUGAUUCAGACAAAAUCGGUUUGUUUGAUUUUGCAGCUUCAUAUGCUAACGGUGCUAUAGUUUCUACUCCAGAAACUUAUCCAUAUCCACUAAACAAAACUACUACCGUUUUUGGAUUAGUAUAUAUAAAUAUGUUAUCAAAUCCAGAAAAUUUAUUACAAACUGGCAAUCUCCCAGGUAACUGCUUCGCCUUUUAUGGUAGCCAAGGAAGGAUACGAAUCAAGUUAGGCAAAAAGAUUGCUAUUAAGGCCAUUACUUUAGAUCAUCUUAAACUACUUCCAGACAGAAGUAGUGCCCCGAAAGAUUUUGAAAUCUAUGGUCUUGCUAACCCAUACGCUUCAUCAGAAAUAUUAUUAGGAACAUUUACAUACGAACUGAAUGGAAGAUCUUAUCAAACUUUUAAAAUUAGUAGAUAUGACGAUUCUCUUAUGUUUGAAUAUGUGGAAUUACAUAUAUUGAAUAACCAUGGGAAAGAAGAAUUCACUUGUUUAUACAGAUUCAGAGUUCAUGACAAGUAUAUUGAAAAACAUUAAAAUUAAUAUAAUAUUUCUAAGUAUAUAAAACCAUCGUAGUAUAUUUUCCUUUUGGUAGAAUGUCAGCUAAGGUAUUUAUUUGUUGAUGAAUUAUAAAUAUGGAGAAAAUACAACUUUUAUUUCA